UGGACUCCAGGCAGAUGACACUCUGCAGAGAGGCCAAAGAAGAGGUUAACGAGAACCCCAACUCCCUGGCAGAGGAUGAGACCCCAACAAAAAACGAGGAAGAGUUUCUAGUCCAGGAAAGUACAAAGAGGCAAAGGAGCCGGCUCCUCCCUGGUCUUCAACCAGCUCCAUUUGCCCGCCAAAAUGCCGACGGCCUGCUGUCUAUGAACAAACAGGCCCUUCACAAGCAGGAAGCACUGUUCCCGUGCCCCGAAUGUGGGAAGAACUUUUCUCGUAAGUCCACCCUCACCAGACACCGGCGAGUGCACACGGGUGUCAAACCCCACCAGUGUUCCGAAUGUGGGAAGAGGUUCCUUCACAAAUUCAACCUGGUGAAUCACAUGAGGACCCAUGUGCGAGAGGAGCCGAGCCGUUGUACACUGUGUGGGAAAAACGCACGGCGGAAUUCAGGCCAGGCGGGCCAGGAGAAAAAGACUGGAUGUUGUGAGUGUGAUGAAAGUCUCGGGGCACAAUAUGACGUAGAGCAGCGGGUGCAGGAGAGAGAGGAGGCCUUCAGCUGACUUGAAUGUAGGGUGAGGAAGAA